AGCAGCCUGGGAGAUGUAGUCCUCGGACCGUCCCCGCUUAGAGGCUGCACAGCCUGCCCGGACCAACGCCUCCGCGCCCGCCGCCGUCCGGCCGGCGCCCUCCCGUUUCCUUCCUCCAGGGGCAAAAAAUGUCUUUCGGGCCGCUUUCCAGGAAGCAGCAGGAUGCGCCGCUCCACUGUCAGUAGCAACAAGCUGCGCAAACCAUGCAGGAUGAUUUACUGAUGGACAAAAGCAAAACCCAGCCCCAGCCCCAGCAGCAGCAGCGGCAGCAGCAGCAGCAGCCCCAACCUGAGUCCAGCGUAUCCGAAACCCCGUCCACACCCCACUCCUCAGAGACCCCCAAGCCGGAGGAAAACAGCGCAGUGCCGGCCCUCAGCCCAGCCGCUGCCCCGCCGGCCCCCAACGGCUCGGACAAGAUGCAGAUGGAAUCACCGCUCCUGCCAGGCUUGAGUUUCCAUCAGCCCCCUCAGCAGCCGCCGCCGCCUCAGGAGCCCGCGGCGCCGGGCGCGUCGCUGUCGCCGUCCUUCGGCAGCACCUGGUCCACGGGCACCACGAACGCGGUAGAGGACAGCUUCUUCCAGGGGAUCACCCCAGUCAACGGGACCAUGCUCUUCCAGAACUUCCCGCACCAUGUCAACCCAGUCUUCGGAGGCACUUUCUCCCCGCAGAUCGGCCUGGCGCAGACCCAGCACCACCAGCAGCCGCCGCCGCCUGCACCCGCGCCGCAGCCGGCACAGCCGGCUCAGCCCCCGCAGGCGCAGCCCCCGCAGCAGCGCCGCUCGCCAGCCAGCCCCAGCCAGGCGCCCUACGCGCAGAGGAGUGCCGCCGCGGCGUACGGCCACCAGCCCAUCAUGACCAGCAAGCCGUCCUCGUCUUCGGCGGUUGCAGCCGCUGCUGCCGCAGCCGCCGCCUCGUCGGCCUCGUCCAGCUGGAACACGCACCAAAGCGUGAAUGCAGCCUGGAGCGCACCAUCCAACCCCUGGGGCGGCCUGCAGGCGGGCCGGGACCCUCGCCGGGCGGUCGGUGUGGGCGUGGGUGUGGGUGUCGGGGUGCCUUCCCCGCUCAAUCCCAUCUCGCCACUCAAAAAGCCCUUCUCCAGCAACGUGAUCGCGCCGCCCAAGUUCCCUCGCGCGGCGCCGCUCACUUCUAAGUCCUGGAUGGAGGAUAACGCUUUCCGGACCGAUAAUGGUAACAAUCUGUUGCCAUUUCAGGACCGGAGUAGGCCCUAUGAUACUUUUAACUUGCACUCGUUGGAGAACUCCUUAAUGGAUAUGAUAAGGACUGAUCAUGAGCCUCUGAAAGGUAAACACUACCCUCCCAGUGGCCCACCAAUGAGUUUCGCUGAUAUAAUGUGGAGGAAUCAUUUUGCAGGACGCAUGGGGAUAAAUUUCCAUCAUCCAGGAACAGAUAAUAUUAUGGCACUUAACAGUCGAUCUUCUCUCUUUCCCUUUGAAGAUGCCUUCCUGGACGACAGCCAUGGCGAUCAGGCCUUGUCAUCUGGCUUAAGUUCUCCCACUCGCUGUCAAAAUGGGGAACGAGUAGAACGCUACUCUAGAAAGGUGUUUGUUGGAGGCCUUCCUCCUGAUAUUGAUGAAGAUGAGAUCACUGCCAGCUUUCGCAGGUUUGGACCUCUCGUGGUAGACUGGCCUCACAAAGCUGAAAGCAAGUCGUAUUUUCCUCCCAAAGGCUAUGCCUUUCUGCUGUUCCAGGAGGAAAGCUCAGUACAAGCUUUGAUAGAUGCCUGCCUGGAAGAAGAUGGGAAACUGUACCUGUGUGUGUCAAGCCCCACCAUCAAGGAUAAGCCAGUGCAAAUUCGACCAUGGAACCUAAGUGACAGUGACUUUGUAAUGGAUGGUUCUCAGCCUUUGGACCCCAGAAAAACUAUCUUUGUUGGGGGAGUUCCACGACCCCUUCGAGCUGUUGAACUGGCAAUGAUCAUGGACCGUUUGUACGGUGGUGUCUGCUAUGCUGGCAUUGAUACGGACCCAGAGCUGAAGUACCCCAAAGGUGCUGGCCGCGUGGCAUUCUCCAAUCAGCAGAGUUACAUCGCAGCCAUCAGUGCUCGUUUUGUGCAGCUUCAGCACAAUGACAUUGACAAACGGGUUGAAGUAAAGCCAUAUGUGCUGGAUGAUCAGAUGUGUGAUGAGUGCCAGGGCACACGCUGUGGUGGGAAGUUUGCCCCGUUCUUCUGUGCCAACGUCACCUGUCUGCAGUAUUACUGUGAAUACUGCUGGGCGAGCAUACAUUCCCGAGCCGGGCGGGAGUUCCACAAACCGCUGGUGAAGGAGGGAGGCGACCGCCCUCGUCACGUCCCGUUCCGCUGGAGCUGAGCCACGGCCGACCCAGCCACAGUACUGGAGUAGAUAACAAGGAGGGGAGAGAGAGGGCACUGCCUCAGGGCUUACAGUGUUCUGGAAAUCUGUGCAUUCGUUCUCGAUUUUUAAAGAAGAAUUGGGUCUUUUUAUUAUUAUUAAUUAUUAUUAUUAUUAUUAUUAUUUACAGUCAUAUUACUGAACUCAGUGUCCAGUAUAAUGCAGAAUUGCAGAGUGUAGAAUGGUACUGAUUUGCACUUUGAUUCACACCUUUGUCUGCUUGGUACCUUAAUUUUUUAUACCUGAUUUGUCACUCGUGACAGUAUGUAGGCUGCCAUUCUCAUUAGCGGCCGUCAGGCUACUGUCUGUGAUUCUUUUGUUUGUUGCUGUGGUGGUGUUGUUCUGAUUGUUUUGAACUGGAGCAUGCACUUAUUUUCAGAAACUUAGAGAGUUGCCCCUAGAACAAGACUUACCAAAGGUAAUACUCGUGAGUAGGUGGCAGAUGUAGCAAAAACUUCACAACAAUUCAGCAAUCAUUAGUUCGGGUCACUUAGAGUAAGGAUAACCCUUCAUGAAAAUAAGCCUUUAGUUGCUCUCUAUUUUGACUUGUAAGGAUACCUCAUAAGCUGGAUCUUUUAUUUUUCCUUCAUGUUUGAUUUUUGUUUUGCCGAGGAUUUUGGUUAGAUCUUUUAGUAUUAUGUAAAUUUAUGCUGCAAUAGCUUUUGCUGCUAUUAAAAUGGUAUUAUUAAUACCAUAAUACUCUAUUCAGGCUAAGAUAUCAAUUAAACACAAAAACCCAACAACACACUUUUGUGAUUUUAGGGAUAGAGUCAGCUGCCGAAAGGAGAUCAGAAUAGACUUCAGAAAGCUUCGGUGGAAGGUCACUAUUUCUGACUGCAUGUUUACUUAAUCAGGUUGCUGCAUGCAAUAAAUUUUAUAUCCAAUGUCUAGUAUAAAACGUUCCCACAAUGCACAAAUUAAGAAUCUAUAUAAGCUAUAAAAUACUCAUGUUUUAAAAAAAGUUUUUUUCAUUCAAAGAAUUGGUAAUUGACCAGAGGAAGGCAUGCCUCAGUAAAUGGAAUGCUCUGAAUGAGAAGAGCCCAUAACAGAAUGACCUAUAUUACAACCGAUAUAAAACCUAGGUGUAGGAUAUUCUUCAAGCAAAUUUGUGGAUGGUAGAUGAAGUACUUUGCGGUGCUCUGUUAUAUAUUGUGCAAUUUAUUUUAUAUAGUAAAGUGAUUAUGUCUAACUGUGAUCAAACUUAACUGUUUAAAGCCUCUGUCAGACAUUAACGAACUUGACAGUUCAUAACUGGUAUAUUAUAAACUAACACAUGAGCUCUUAGUUACAAUCUCUUAGUGCUUGCACCAUUUUACAUAGCUUCAGACCUUGUCCAGAAAACCAAAGAGCUCAUCUUAGCUUACAAACACUAAGAAUAUAUACAGGAUAUAGAGAUAAGUUGUCAGAUUGACAAACUAGGCACAUUUUUAAGAAAGUUGUGUAAUGGUGAUGCUAAAGAAAUGUCUGUACAAAAUAAGAUGGCCUGGGCAGAGUUGGUUGUCUGGGUGAGAAACUAACUACUUAAUUCCCUGGAUUUAUCCUGUUAAGCUUGAGUAGAAUGAAGGCCUGCUGGCACUAGCGUGGUCUAGAAUAGAGGCCUGCUAGCCGUAGCGUGUGGUCUAGAAUGGAGGCCUGCUAGCCCUAGUGUGGUCUAGAAUGGAGGCCUGCUAGCCCUAGCAUGGUCUAGAAUGGAGGCCUGCUAGCCCUAGCGUGGUCUAGAAUGGAGGCUUGCUAGCCCUAGUGUGGUCUAGAAUGGAGGCCUGCUAGCACUAGCGUGGUCUAGAAUGGGGAGGCCUGCUAGCACUAGCAUGGACAUUUUUCUAGCAUUCACCCUUGGGCUGCAGAUAGUAAUAUAUAAACACACACAAUGAUUGCAAGACUAUGUAAAUCUUUUUUUAAUCUUCUUCCUAUGUUUUGGAAUUCUGGGGACAAUCUGACUGGAUAUGACACUGCAGAAUAGAUUUAAGUCACUGUGUUUUCUGUGCUGUGAUGUCCUUGUACUGUCUUAAGUUAGUGUUGCUUUUGUUUCGUUCUCCCAUGUUUAGUUGCAAUUACUGACUCUCAAGCUAUAGUUUGUUUUCAAAAAGGAAAAACAAAAUAGUUUUUUACUGGAUUAAAAAUGCUUAUUUUAGAAUCCUCCCCUUUUUGAGGCUUUUUGGUAAUAAUUGCUUUUUUCCAGCCCAGGUGUGGUUUUGUUUGUUUUUUUUCUAUGUUUGUGGGUUUUUUUUUUCAUCUGUACAAGAAAUUUUGUUAUGCACUACUACUUUUUGUAUUCUAGACAGUUUUCAAAAGUUGGCAGAUUUUUUUUUGUUUUUAAGGAAAAAGGCAUGCUUUCUGACUGACAUGAUCUUUUGCAAUACCUCAAUUUUGAAAUAUAGGAAAGAAAAUGAUAUUUUCUAAGUAAGUUUAUUCAGAAAAAUAUAUAUUAAUUUAAUUCUGCAAGAAAAUGAUUUAACAGAUGGGUAACUUUAUUUUUUUCAUGCUUAUUUGUGUUUUUUGAAAAUGAAGAAGUUAGAGCUUUAUAACUAUAAUAUUAAAGAUCAUAUCUAACCUACAGAAAUCUACCUAAUUAUGUGAAAGAAGCAAAACUUUUUGAAGAAGCACCCCUCUUUCAUGUAUUAAAAUAACACUGAGAUUUUUUAAAAAGCUGGAAGAUUGUACAGCAUAAAGCUAAAGUGAAGACAAAAAACAUUGUCCUGAAGAAUAGGUUACAAAAAAUAAACUCCAUUUGGUGCUGAACGUUGUGAAUAGAUGGUGGAAACUACUUUCCCUUAAUUUGUAUAUUUCUAAUCAAGCGUUGAUUGUGCGCGACUGACCAGGAUUGUGAAAGAGUUCUUCUGUUUGUAUUUUUUUAAAGAGAACUUUUUUAGUUUAUUAAAUUAUAACAUGUUCCCUUUUGUUUUGUAAAUAAAUGUGCCCCCAAGUUGUUAAUGUUAUAUUAAAAGAGAGGGUCCUUCAAAAAAAUUAUUUUUUAAAACACAGAGGUGUUCUGACCUGCAACUUGACUGGGAAGCCCCUGGGUAACACAGGUCCUGCUGUGGCCUUUCCUUGGUGUGACACUUGAACUAGUCGAUUUUUUGAAGGCUAUAACUUAACCUCGACUAUUUGUUGUUAUGUGCAAUACUGUUUGUACUGUUUGUAUAAAAAAUAGAAAAAAAAGAAAAGAAAAAAGGCAUAAAUCUUUAUUGCAGAUUUAUUUUCAUUGCAAACUUUAGACAUUGUGAUUCACUGAAAUCAUUUUUCUACUGUCAAAUAUGUACCUUUUCUUCAUGCUGGUAUUUUUUCAAUAGUAAUGUAGCCUUUGUACUGAGACAAAUUUUCAUUGUUAUUUUUAGAAAGAUUUUUUGCUAAGAAAAAAAUUAAACAUAUUUACAUAUUUUUCAUUUUAUUUCGUAUUUUCUUUAAGGAGUGCUUUCUCAAUCAUUAAUAGAGUUGUUUCUGGGAGGGACUUUCAUAUCUGGUCAAUGUCAUAAUAUUAUUUUGUAUUUUUAUUGGAAUAAAUUAAUUUUAUGAUGCUAAUUCUUUAAAAGUUUAUUUUUUUCAUUUUCAGUUAUUUUUGAAGCUAAAACCUUUGUAAUAUUGUUACUAAAGUGUCUAGUUUUUUGAAAUGCAAAGCUUUAUGUAUUAACUUGCUGAUGUGGUUUACAAUAGUGUGACAACGAUGAAAAUGGUUGGUUAUGUAAAGUGAUUGGAAAUGUAACGGAUAAUUGGGUAAUAAAAUGACAGAAUGAGCAGAA